AUGGAGAGAAAGUCAUCAUUGAUCAAUCUUAAACCUAAUUUUAGGCCAAUAUUAAAUAGAAUAAAGACACUUGGUGAUAUUAGAUACAGUAGUAGUAGCAACAGUUCAUCCAAAUCACAACAACAACAAAAUAAUAAUAAUGAUGUAGAUAUAAAUAAUAAUAAUAAUAAUGAUAACUUAUAUUCGAUACCAGAUAAUGCAGCUAGAUUGUCCACUACAUUAUCACCUACAUCUUCAUCUUCAAGUUCAUCUCCAACUCCUACCCCAACUCCAACUCCAACACCAACUUUGAAUACACCAUCAAUCAAACUACAAAAUAGAAGAUCAAUAUCAUUCUUUGGUUUGACAAUUGGUCCAAAGGACAAGUCAGACACUGACACCAACAUGACCGACAAUGAUGAUAACGGAAAGAAGACAAGAAAGAGAAUAAGACAAGAUAACAGGUCAUGUAAACGUGCUAGGCGUGAUGGAUCUGAAGGGGGAGUAGACGAAGACGAUAACGACAACGAAAAUGAUGAUGAAACAUUGGAGAGAGAUGAAUGGGACGAUGAUUAUGAUGGCCAAUUAGAAGAUGAAGAAGAGUUGGACCGAGCUCAGGUACUGUCAGCCUCGUCAGAGGGUGACUAUGACUUGGUCGACGAGGAUGGCGACACAGUUGACGCACCCAAGACUACCAAAUUCAAGAAGAACCUCUUCAAGUGGAUGUCUCUGUUCAAGUUCUUUCCCUCUAUCGCCACGCCUACCAACUCGCACUCAAUGCCCCCGUCUCCGUCGAACGGACAUUGGAGUGGCGGUAGUGUCGUAUCGUCAAAGAAGAGAAGAGGCUCAAUGGUUGACUUU